AACACAAACAAUGAAUUUAUGCAAAUGAUGCAUUCGCCGGGUCUCUGAUCUCUGGAUUUCAGUUCAUUUUCAACGACUCGAAAUGUAUAAUACUCGUAGUCUGUGGAGUGCUUGCUUCCGACGAGGGGGAUGGAUAUCUAUUCAGUCAGACCUCCAGUCAAGAUUAGGAACUUCUUUGAAACGAUUAGUUGUGAAAAAGACUCAUUUUUCAUCUGAAUUGACUUCACUACCUUGCCUAUGCAGCACUAGCAGCAAAUGUUAUUCCACUCAGAACGAUAAAUCGAAUGAGAACAGUCCUGAAGCAGGAAAAUCCACUACAACUCAAAAACUUACCUCAAAAGAUAGACUUAAAAUAAUAACAACUCAAUAUGGUGCGUUUGGAAUGGCUUUCCACAUUACUAUAUCACUUGCAUCAUUGGGAUUCUUCUAUUCUCUAGUAUACAUGGGUGUUGAUAUGGCAUCAUUGUUUAAUUGGUUUGGAGUUGAAAGCUCUUCAUUUACAACUGGAGCUAGUACUUUUAUGAUUGCAUAUGCAGUGCAUAAGAUUUUUGCUCCUGUUCGAAUUGGAAUUACAUUUGUGUCAGUGCCUAUUUUGGUGAAGUACUUCAGGAAUAUUGGAUUUUUCAAGAACAAAUGAAGUGCAUUGUUGUAUGAAGUGACUUCAUCAGCUUAUGCUUUUGAAUUGGGUGAUCUGCAAUAACUCCAAAGCAUGAAUGCAGGCCAUUCGCCGCAACCCUGCCUAUAAAUUCUCUCAGUCGUCUAUCCGAUAGGGCGUGUAAGGACAUUUUUUAUGUUACCUGUCUGUUAGUAUAAUACUUACGGUCCUAUUAAUAAUGUUUAAUACUAUUAUUAAAAUAUAAUACAAUAUUUUGAAUGUGUA